AUGGCUGUGUGGAGAGCUCGAGCGGCUUCAUCGACCUUGUUCAACAGGCUCCUCGGCGGCCACUUCAACGCCAUCAGCACCACCACUGCCUGUCGCACUCUCUCCACCGAUGUGGGUGGGGCAAGUAAUCAGUUUUUUCACUAUGAUAUCAAUUCACAAUUCGGAAGGUGCAUGCCGCUUGCUGAUAUGCAUAUUCAUGCCAAAAUACACAGCAUCGAGGUGCACCCAGGUCAAGGCGGCAAGUUAGUUCGAGCACCAGGUACUUGCGCAAAGAUUUUGAAAGAACCCACUUCAAGGUGUCUAGUGAGACUGCCUUCAGGUGUUGAAAAGUGGAUUGAUUCUAAGUGCCAGGCCACGAUUGGUACGGUCCCCAGUGAAGGAAAUAAGCCUAAGAAGCUCUACAAGGCUGGGCAGAGCCGGUGGUUAGGCCGCAGACCGACGGUUCGAGGAGUGGCAAUGAAUCCAGUAGAUCAUCCUCAUGGUGGUGGUGAGGGUAAGAGCAAGAGUAGUGGUUCUCAUGGGAAGGGUUCUCGAACACCUUGGGGCAAGCCUACAAAGGGUGGCUACAAGACUGGUCCCAACAAGCGUAGAAAAUAG